AGUCAAGUGACAUGGUUGGCCAGAGGGAGGCGCGGUGCAGCCUUCGUCCUUCAUUUGAAUAUGACAAUUAAUGGGGAAGUUUGACCAAACCCUUACCCUCGUAAAGUACGGUGGACAGAGCAGGAUACGCAAAGACCGUCAACAUCCAAGCGGAGCAUUACCAAGCAUUUUCAGGUAUAGUCAUGGAGAAGCCACUGCAUGUGCUCCAACUUCACCACUGAGCUGAGACAAAUCUUCAAUAGAUGAGGCUAUUGCUUGACGUCUUGACAGGCUUGACAAGCGCACGUGGUGCUCAGUGCAUGACAACAUUUACAGUGCUGCCUGCAUAGGCGUUCUACAAGGUUAGUUGGGAGACUACAACACCCCCCCCAUCAUCGUCUCACUGUGCGUCUCCUUCUUGGCGCUCUAAACCUGAUCAUCAGUGGAAGUGCUCCCGAGCUGCAGCAGCCCAACUGUGACAUCCUUCUACUAUUCAGAGUGUGCUCAGGCUGGCUGGCUGCUGCACAGGCACCAUGGAGCAGAAAUCCUCUAAGGAUGAGAGCACCGCCAAAGGACAGGAGUCUCUGUCCUACCAGCGGAGGAUGUGGAAGCAUUUCCAGGAGAAAACCAAGCCUUGGCUCAGUCCUAAACUGGGAUCGGAGCGUCGGGGUACCGGGGGCGCGGAGGGCAGCAAAAAGGAAUCGGGGUUAUGGAUGUUUAAGAGGAAAAAGAAACAGCUGGACCGAGUUUUUUCGUCGUCUCAGCCGAAUCUGCGCUGCUCUCCGCCGGUGCCUUUUGCAGGCGAUAAGACGUCCCAUGGAAGCGACGCGCUCCCCGGCACCAGCAGCGAUCCCCUUGGCGCAGCUUCAGGAGCCACGGGGAGCAAACCCGAGCUGACGGUGCACGGAAGCCCCAAAGUCCCCGUAUCCCAGCUGAUCAAGUACCAGCAGAAGAGCUCCUCUCUCGGCUCGGCGUGCUUCGAGAAACUGGUGAUGGACGCGGCCGCGGUGGAGGGAGAGGAGGAGCAGCUGCGUAAAAACGCAAGUGAUUCUAGCAUCAACAUAGUGGGGCCCAGUAAUGCAGAGCCCCCACCUCAACCUCCCAGUCCAGCCAUGUACCAGCUGGAUAUCGUUCUAAAGAAAGGGAACAACCUGGCGAUCCGAGAUCGGACAGGGACCAGUGACCCAUAUGUGAAGUUUAAGGUUGCAGGAAAGGAGGUGUUCAGGAGUAAGACCAUCCAUAAGAACCUCAACCCAGUGUGGGACGAGAGAGUAAGUCUUCUGGUGGAAACCCUGAAGGACCCGCUAUACGUCAAGGUUUUUGACUAUGACUUUGGACUUCAGGAUGAUUUCAUGGGCUCAGCAUACCUCCACCUGGAGUCACUGGAACAUCAGAGGACACUGGAUGUGACGCUGGAACUGAAGGACCCACAGUACCCUCAAAAUAACCUGGGCAGCCUUGAACUAGCUGUCACUCUGUCACCGAAGGAGGGAGACGUGAGGGAUGCUACCAUGCUUUUGAGAAGGAACUGGAAACGAUCUAGUAAGUACCAGAGUAUGCGUCUGUCAGAUGUGCACAGAAAAGCCCAGCUGUGGCGAGGUAUAGUCAGCAUCAGUCUGAUAGAAGGACGCAACCUCCAGCCCAUGGAUGCCAACGGCCUCAGCGACCCUUACGUCAAAUUUAGGAUGGGGCACCAGAAGUACAAGAGCAAGACAAUUUCCAAAACGCUGAACCCCCAGUGGAGAGAGCAGUUUGACUUCCACAUGUAUGAUGAACAGGGAGGCUACGUGGACAUUACGGUCUGGGACAAAGACGCUGGCAAGAAGGACGACUUCAUGGGCAGGUGUACCAUCAACCUGUCGCAUCUCAGUAAAGAACACACACACAAGCUGGACCUGCCCCUGGAGGAAGGUGAAGGUGUGCUGGUGCUGCUGGUUACACUCACUGCUUCUGCCGCAGUUUCCAUCUCAGACCUGUCAGUCAACAUGCUGGACGACCCGCAGGAGAGACACCAGAUCAUGCAGAGAUAUAGCCUGUGGAGGUCGUUCAACAACCUGAAGGAUGUCGGGGUGGUGCAGGUAAAGGUCAUCAGGGCUGAGGGACUGAUGGCAGCAGAUGUCACAGGUAAGAGUGACCCAUUCUGCGUGGUGGAGCUGAGUAACGAUCGGCUGCAGACGCACACAGUUUACAAAAACCUCAACCCUGAGUGGAACAAGGUCUUCACUUUUAACGUGAAGGACAUCCAUUCGGUACUUGAGGUCACUGUUUACGACGAGGACCGAGACAGAAGUGCAGACUUCCUGGGGAAAGUGGCUAUUCCUCUGCUAAAUAUCCAAAAUGGAGAACGCAAAGCCUACGCCUUGAAAAGCAAGGAGCUGACAGGGCCAACAAAAGGGGUCAUCCUUCUCGAAAUAGACGUGAUUUUUAAUGCUGUGAAGGCUGGUCUUGGGACGUUGAUUCCCAUUGAGCAGAAGUACAUCGAGGAGGAGCCCAGAGUGUCCAAACAGCUUCUGUUGCAAAACUUCAACAGAGUUAGACGCUGCAUCAUGUUCCUGAUCAACACAGGCUGCUACAUCAACAGCUGCUUUGAAUGGGACUCUCCACAGAGGAGCAUCUGUGCUUUUGUACUUUUUGUCAUCGUUGUUUGGAACUUUGAACUCUAUAUGAUUCCUCUGGCUUUGCUACUGCCUUUGGCCUGGAACUACAUCCUAAUCGCAUCGGGGAAGGAUAACAGGCAAGAUGUGCAAGCAGUGGAGGACCUGCUGGAGGAUGAGGAUGAGGAUUUUGACAAAGAUGACAAGGACCCUAAACCAGGCCCCUGGGAGGACAGCCGUGAUAAAAACCAUAUCCUCGAGGAUAUGUUGGCUUCCUGGCACUUUGAGUGGAUACGAGCAAUGGUGGACUCUGAGAGAAAGGGCUUCAUGAACAAGCUUUAUGCCAUUCAGGACGUGUGCAUCAGUGUGCAGAAUGCACUGGAUGAAGUGGCCUCCUACGGCGAGAGGAUAAAGAACACAUUUAACUGGACUGUGCCUUUCUUAAGCUGGCUGGCCAUCGUGGCUUUCGGUGGGGCCACCAUCAUCAUCUACUUCAUCCCUCUACGAUACAUUGUGCUAGCCUGGGGGGUGAAUAAAUUCACCAAGAAGCUGCGAGACCCUUACAUCAUUGAUAACAACGAGCUGUUAGACUUUCUAUCCAGAGUGCCCUCAGAUGUACAAGUGGUGCAGUACAGAGAGCUGAAACUGGAUCCCAAUCCCAGUCCAAAUAAAAGGAAGAAAAACAACCCCGGGUAGAUGACUGUGUCCGCCCACCAACUCUUCUCUUCUCCACUUUUCUUCUCGUGGUCUUAUUACUGGACGCUAAGGAGCAGAGGAAGACAGCUCGGCUCAGCUAUCCUUCCUUUUUUUCUUUCCUCUUUUCUUCUCUAAAACCUCAUUUUUUUUCUGUCUUUAAUUGCUCAUGACGUACAGUACAGUACAGUUUCCUGAAGUGUAAUUUUUGUAUAAAAAAGACGAGUACAAGAAAUAUUCCCAUUUAUGUUUUUGAUUAAGUUUAAAAGGCGAUGAAAGGAUGGUUGGAAUGACCUUUUUCUCAGCCGUGUGAGCCACUCUUCUGUUUUCCUCUCUCCAUCACUCUGACAGCUCCGAGCACUCUGUCCAUCUACUCGCCACGAGUGACAAGUGUCACACAAUGAGUAAAACGAGCUUUAACAUUUAAACUCACCGUCCCCAAAAUACAUUUGUAGUGUAUCCGUGUUUAUCAAAAUACAAGCUUGCAUUAUAACUCUGCAAUAGACUUUUACGUUUUUUUUUAGCUCAUAUUGUUCUUAUUAUUAAAUGUUUUUGGUAAUAUGUUCAUAUUUUCUAAUUGUUUUUGUACUGAAGAACCUUUUUGUUUACUCCUUCUCUUGGAUCGUAAUGAUGUUAUGUUCACUGGCAGUAAUUUGGAUUGUUUCCACUUAACUCAGCCAGCCAAGUUGAUUAGCAAUUAUGGUCGUAGCCUCCAGAUAUGUCCAUCUA